AUGGCGGUGGCGGGGGCGGUGGUGGUGGCGGUAGUGGGGGCAGUGGAGGUGGUGGUGGCCGAGGUGGUGGGGGUGGCGGGGGUGGUGGGAGUGGCGGGGGCAGUGGCGGCACUUUGGGUGGCGGAGGUGGCUCAGGUGGCAGUUGUGGUGGAGCCAGUAGGGGUGAAGGUCAGGGAGUUGCGUCUGGGCGCACUGCUAGUGGAGGCCGGGGGUGGACAGCAGCAGCAGUCACGUCAGCAGGAGACCCUCUUGCCGCAGCAGCUACAUGAGUGGGUGGUCCUGCGAGGUGGCCCCGGAGGAGGAGGUCGCUGUACCUACGUCAGACGCAUGGGACCCCGCGCAGGAGACGUUACCCCCUGGUAG